AUGUCUGCCGCACAAAACAUUCCCACUCGCAACCGCGAUGGCGCUUCUGCUGUCACAAACAGUUUCGACCCCUCCACCAGCCCAUCUCAAUCCUUCAUCUCGCCGUCACAGAGCUUCAGCCACCGUCAAUCCGUCUCUACCAAGCAGCUCAAGCCCUUCAACACCCAAGAUGUCAAGGUCUUGCUGCUCGAGAACAUCAACGUCACUGGCCAGGACAUCCUAAGAGAACAGGGCUACCAGGUCGAGGCUCUCAAGGCCUCACUACCCGAGCACGAACUCAUCGAGAAGAUCAAAGACGUCCACGUCAUCGGUAUCCGCUCAAAGACAAAGUUGACUGCCAAGGUCCUCGAACACGCAAAGAACCUCAUCGUCAUCGGCUGCUUCUGUAUCGGUACUAACCAGGUCGACCUCAACUAUGCCGCCAACGCUGGUAUCGCCGUCUUCAACUCUCCUUUCUCAAACUCGCGCUCCGUCGCCGAGCUCGUCAUCUCAGAGAUCAUCGCCCUCGCCAGACAAUUGGCUGACCGCAGCAUGGAAUUGCACAAGGGUAUCUGGAACAAGGUCUCAGCUGGCUGCUGGGAAGUCCGUGGAAAGACCCUGGGUAUUGUUGGCUACGGUCACAUCGGAAACCAGCUGUCCGUCCUGGCUGAGGCCAUGGGUAUGAGCGUCAUCUACUACGACGUUGUCAACCUCAUGAGCAUGGGUACCGCCAAGCAGGUCCCUACACUCAAGGCCCUUCUCGAGGGUGCCGACUUUGUCACUCUUCACGUCCCCGAGCUUCCCGAGACCCAGAACAUGAUCAGCACCGAGCAGUUCGGUUACAUGCGCAAGGGCAGCUACCUGAUCAACGCCUCAAGAGGUACCGUUGUCGACAUUCCCGCUCUCGUCGAAGCCAUGAGAAGCGGAAAGAUCGCUGGUGCCGCCAUCGACGUCUACCCUAACGAGCCUGCUGGAAACGGCGAGUACUUCAACAAGGAACUGAACGCAUGGGCCGAGGACCUCAGAACCCUCAAGAACCUGAUCCUCACACCCCACAUCGGUGGCAGUACCGAGGAGGCCCAGAGCGCCAUUGGUGUCGAGGUCGCCGAUGCACUCGCCAAGUACGUCAACGAGGGUUCCACCGUUGGCGCCGUCAACAUGCCCGAGGUCAACCUGCGCAGUUUGACAGCCGACGAGCCCAACCACGUCCGUAUCAUUUACAUCCACAAGAACGUUCCCGGUGUGUUGAGACGCGUCAACGAGGUCCUGGGAGAGCACAACGUCGACAAGCAAAUGACCGAUUCAAGAGGCGAUGUUGCAUAUCUGAUGGCUGACAUUAGCAAUGUCAACCAAGGAGAUAUCUCCAACCUCUACAACAGCCUCGAGGAUCUGGGCUCGCGCGUCAGAACCAGAGUCUUGUACUAG